UAGUGAUGACUCAAUAGAUCAAAAUUCUUCAAUAAAAUAUAACGAAAAUACUUUACCUUCAAAUGCUCAUGUGAAAAUAGACACUUCAAUUCGAACAAAUGGUGCUAUAAAAAAUGGUAUAGAUUAUCAAGUUAACUCAAAAGAUAAUUUUAAAAAUGGUGAUUACAUAGCACGGCCAAAGCGUUUGUCGGUCCUAUCCCAUAAAUCAACCAUUUCAACUUCCACUACUAAAUCGUGGACUUCUUCAAAAUCAAUACAUGAAAUCACUGCUAAUGGUUCAAAAUCUAUUGCUGAUGCCAGUGAUGUCGCUGAAUCCGUUACAAGUUCCGAUGACGUUGAUUUUAGUUCUGACGAUUUUGAUUCCAGUGCAAAUGGUUCUGAUGCCCAAAAUUUUGAAAUGUCUGAUAUGAAAUAUGAUACUUAUUUAUCUGAUAUAAAUCGUGAUUCUUCGAUAAAAUCUUCUUCUUCCUCAAUUUCUCCUCCAUCCGCUUUAUCACAAGAAUCAAUACAAAAAGACCUUUCUUCAUCUCCAACUAUUAAGGAUCAUGUAUCUCCGUUAGAUCCGUUAGAAUUAGAAAAACAUUCAUCUCCUAAUCCUGCUCGAGUUUUUACUCCUCCUCCUCCUCCAAAAGUUGCUCCUCCAACUUCUUCAUGUACCAGCCCUAAUCUUCGUUCUGAUGGUGUUCCUGUUUUUCAUACUCCACGUCCUCCACCAUCUUAUCCCCCUCAGAAUACUUCAAUGCUAGAGAAAAAAGCCGCCGCUUCGUCAAAAAUUUCAUCAAUUUCAUCUACGAAUUCAACUGUUCCAUUAACUCGUUCUCAUUCUGACGAAGAGGAUGAUAAGGCCUCGGUAAAAUCUACUUCCGCCGAGUCAGUAACUCCUUCCUCUCCAUCAACGUCUCAAUCAUCUAUGGAAAAAUUAUUCAGUAAAACGUUGAUAAAUAACAGACGUCCCUCUCCCCUUCCUCUGGCUCAACAAAAUAACAAUCAUAAUUCUCGUGUCAUACCCAGUCAUAUUGCUUCGAACUCUAAUCCUGUACCAGAUUCUCCAAAUUUGUCACGCCCCGUAAGAACUCCACGAAGGACUACUUCGAAUCCCGGUAAUGCUCCUAAAAAAAAUG